AUGGGCUCGGCGGCUGAGCUACUACCGCAGCCACCGCCGCCGCUCGGGGAAUGCGAGCGGGAAGCGGGGGCGGCGUCCGCCCGGCACCGGCGGCGCCCGGAGGAGCAGGCUGAUUCAGAAAAAGAUUUACAAGAACAAAGAAACCACACCGCAGAACCUGUGAUAGAUGACUAUAAAAAGAUGGGGACUCUCUUUGGCGAACUAAACAAAAGCCUUAUCAGAAUAGGCUUCACAAGGAUGUACUUUGGAGAACGGAUAGUAGAACCUGUAAUAAUUAUAUUCUUCUGGGUUAUGCUCUGGUUUCUUGGCCUACAAGCUCUUGGACUGGUUGCUGUUCUGUGCCUUGUCAUUAUUUAUGUACAACAGUAA